UGCUUUUACUCUACACAAACUUCUCCUCUUUUUAUAGACUCUAAACUAAGUAUACCUUAGUAUAAACCUUUAUCUGGUGUCUGUUUUUCGAUUUAGAUCACUCUAACUCAUCACAUUUGUCAUUUUUGAACUGUUUAGGCUUGUUGGUAUUAGAAAAGAUCCUUUCUUUGAAAAAAUUCAACAACUAUAUAGUGACAUUUGGUGGCAUUUUCUACCUUUCCACCUGAGUUUCCUUUGAAUUCCAAUCUCAAAGAAAUAUUGGUGGGGGAGGGGGGCUUUUUGCAAGAAAGGCAGUUUUGAACAGUUUUUCCUAGAAAAUGAUUGUGCUGUCCCAAGGGUGCAUUUUAUGGAAAAUUAUCGCAAUUCUUGAGACAAAAUGUAGUGUAGCCAAAAGUUUUUAUUUUUGGAUAUUUCAAAUUUUCAAUAGGUACAGUAGGGGCACUUAGCUAAAUUUCACAUUGCUUCUAACUUCUGUUGAAGUUUCUGCCUGGUCAAUUCUAGCUAGUUUUAGAAGAUUUUGUGUGUAGUUAGGACUUUGGUACAUUUAAUAUUAUGGGAGGAACAUCACUACCUCCAGGAUUUCGUUUCCAUCCUACUGAUGAGGAAUUGGUUGGAUAUUACCUGAAAAGGAAAACUGAUGAACUUGAGAUUGAGUUGGAGGUCAUUCCAGUAAUAGACUUGUACAAAUUUGACCCAUGGGAGCUUCCAGAGAAAUCUUUCUUGCCAAAGCGUGACAUGGAGUGGUAUUUCUUCUGUCCUCGGGACAAGAAGUACCCGAAUGGCUCGAGAACUAAUCGAGCCACAAAAUGUGGAUACUGGAAAGCCACAGGGAAAGACAGGAAAGUUGUCUGUAAGCCUGCAGUUGUUGGAUACCGAAAGACACUAGUUUUCUAUCGCGGAAGAGCUCCUCUAGGGGAUAGAACUGAUUGGGUGAUGCAUGAAUAUCGUCUAUGUGAUGAUGUUUCACAAGGCACUCCAAGUUUCCAGGGGCCUUUUGCUCUUUGUCGUGUCAUUAAGAGAAAGGACAUUUCAUCGAAGACAAGUGAUGUUCGCAGAGAAACAACAUCUAAACAGGAUGAAUGCAGUUCUAGCAAUGAAGCUUUUACCUCAGCAGUAACCUCAAAUGAACCCCUUGUCCUUUCUGAUGACAUGCCAAGUACUCAAACUACAUACACGUGCAAUGACAGCAACUAUUCAACUCCUAUCAAUUCUCCUUAUCAGACAACACAAAUAGGAGAGUGCGAGUCUGCAAUGGGAACAAAUGCUGCAAACCUCUGUAUGUCCCAGAAUAUGAUUCUUGAUCCUGCAAAGGAAUGUACUUCCGGACAAAGUAUAUGUGGAAAGUAUCCGCUGUAUGACUUCCCAAACUUGACUUCAUGGCAGCCAAAUGAUCAAUAUGACUUCACAUCAAGUUCAUCUUUUCCGAAUUUUAGAGGGGAAGUUGAACUUUCUGGUGAUCUCAGUGGCUAUGGCUUUGCACCUCCCUUCUCAGAUGAUGGAAACUACAUGGAAUUCUAUCGCAAUGAGGAUAUUUCGUACAAAGGUUAUAACCAGAACAACUUAUUCGGAAAUCCAGAUCUCCUCUGAUGAACAUUGGGGCGAAGUAGGUGUAGGAUUUUCUCUCUUUAAUGCAGGGAGUUAAACUUGAAAUCAAGCUCCAAUAUGCAGACAGAGUAGUGAAAAUGGGAUAUUGGAAAAACAUAAUGGUGUAUGGUCACAGGAAGAUAUUUUAAGUAGUCUAAUGUAAGAAUAUAUCAAGAAAAGCUCGAUGCAGCUCCAUGUGUUUAUAUUUUGUCAUUGCAGUCUGAGAUACCCAGUGAUGAUCAAUUUUAACGAUCCCAUUGGGAUAUAGUCAAGUUAGUAGAUGAACUUCUGUUAAAGUAAGCUUCUUAAAUAGAAGCCCCUUUCCACUUC